AUGGCGACUAGGGAAAGGAGCGGCGGCGUUGGAGGCCUUUCCUCAGGCCGCCGCCGCCGAGACGACCCCGGGAGCACGAAGCGGACGGCGAGGCGAGCGGCCGACCCCGAAGGCGGAGGCAAGCGACGGGAGCUGCCCGGGCUGGACUGGGCCUCGCUGCUGCCGGAGGUGCUGCUGCGCGUCUUCCAGCACCUGCCGUUGCUGGACCGCGCGCGCGCCUCGCAGGUUUGCCGCGGCUGGCAACGAGCCUUCCACCUGCCGGAGCUGUGGCGCCGCUUCGAGUUCGAGCUGGGCCAGCCCGGCGUCGCAGCCACCCACCCGGAGCUCAUCAAGCAGAUCCUCAAGCGCCACGCCGGACACCUGCAGUACGUCAGCUUCAAGGUGGAUAGCAGCAAGGAAUCAGCUGAGGCUGCUUGUGAUAUUUUAUCCCAGCUUGUGAAUUGUUCUUUAAAGACCCUCGGACUGAUUUCCACCGCUCGACCAAGUUUUAUGGAUUUACCAAAGUCACACUUUAUUUCAGCCCUAACUGUGGUGUUUGUAAACUCCAAAUCCCUUUCUUCACUCAAGAUAGACGAUACGCCAGUAGAUGAUCCAUCUCUCAAGGUGUUGGUGGCUAACAACAGCGAUACCCUAAAACUCUUAAAAAUGAGCAGCUGUCCUCAUGUCUCUCCAGCAGGAAUCCUCUGUGUAGCUGACCAGUGCCACGGUUUACGAGAGCUGGCGUUGAAUUACCACUUGUUAAGCGACGAGCUCCUCCUUGCUCUGUCUUCUGAAAAACAUGUCAGAUUGGAACAUUUGCGCAUUGACGUCGUCAGUGAGAAUCCAGGACAGACGCACUUCCACACCCUGGAGAGAAGCAGCUGGGACGCUUUCACCAGACAUUCCCCUAAAGUGAAUUUGGUGAUGUACUUUUUCUUGUACGAAGAGGAAUUCGAUCCCUUCUUCCGGUACGAAACGCCGAUCACCCAUCUUUAUUUUGGGAGAUCGGUCAGCAAAGAGGUCGUUGGGAGGGUUGGAAUGACGUGCCCUCGACUGAUUGAACUGGUGGUGUGCGCCAACGGAUUACGGCCACUGGACGAAGAGCUGAUCCGCAUUGCCGAGCGCUGCAAGAACCUGUCGGCCAUUGGCCUCGGAGAAUGUGAGGUCUCCUGCAGUGCUUUUGUCGAGUUUGUGAAAAUGUGUGGCGGCCGCUUGUCUCAGCUGUCUAUAAUGGAAGAGGUCUUGAUUCCCGACCAGAAGUACAGCUUGGAGCAGAUCCAUUGGGAAGUGUCCAAGCAUCUUGGGAGAGUUUGGUUUCCAGACAUGAUGCCCACGUGGUAGAGCUAUUGGGGGAAAACCCUUAGCUCUUGGGCCAGCCUUGUGGCAGCUUCAUCAUAAUAAGUAGCUUCGUGAUCCUAGGAUCUCUCAAGCACUAUAGAAAAUCAGUCUACUCAUUAGUCUACUGGUUUCUAAAGCCCAGGUUGAAAAAGUGACAAGGGAGGAACCAAACACCUGUUCACAUGAUUUUUUGUAUCGUUUGCAUUUUUUCCAACAAGACGGAUGCGAACGUAUGUAGACAUUGACAUACAUUUACAUAUUCAGAGGCUACGGUUCCAAAUCUUGUUCUGAUAAAUUACAGUAUCUUAGCCUGGCUCUUGGAAAUGUUACUGCAACUGACUUAACGUUUGUACGGAGCAUAUAUAUCACUUUGUGACAUAGUCCAGGAAGGUGCAGACAUUAACCCAGAUUGUAUAACAAUGAAUUGCUUCGAUUUGUAAUUCCAGAUCCCAAACCAUAACUCUGGGUUGUUGGUGUUUCCGUAACAUUAUCAAUAUAGAGCCAUGGGACACGGUAGUUGGGUAUAUUUGUAUGUGGAAAAUAGAAGUAUUUGCUUCUUAUUAAAACUCUCCAGAAAAUCUAGUGGUAUGGAAAUUAUUAGCAGUGUGUUUCCCCAAUUUCUUUUUUUUUCCCCCUCUCUGCAGUUUUUUAAAAUGAAAAUGUAAUAAUCGUAAGGCAAUAACAUCAAUAAUAAAACCUGUUUUAAGGUAUUACUAAAGCCCAAUAAGCGAAAAUAUUAACGGGAGCCAUACUCUGUAUUGUGGGCUUUUAAAAAAAGUGUGUGCUAAUUAUUUUGGAGCAUUGACUUUUUAAAAUGUGCUGUACAAGUUUUCUAAGAACGGAAGCCAUUCUUGUGAAGGUCUUUUAGAGUAAAUCCUGACUUCCAGAGGUUGAAUGGAAACUAAAAUAUGGGAAGUUGUUAGUGAUCAGCUUGGGUCCUCAGUGUCUGUAAUAGCCCCGUUGUAGUGUGAAACGUGACCCCAGAACACAUUCAAAAUGGGCUGAUUUCAAGCUUUGUCUCUUCUGCCAGUCAACCUAAGGUGAAUUUGGAAGGCGUUGCAACAACAAAAAAGAAUGGCUUUUCAGGUGCAAUAUCAUCCAUACCCCUUAAAUCCCAUUUCAAAACCCUGACAGUAUUACAGGCCAGCUUUUUAACUCUUCCCCAAAAUGAAUUUAUUUUUUUAAAAAAUUACAAGUUAGAUGUUCCUUCCCAUCACACCCUUCAUUUGUAGCCUAUAUGUAAAAGCCAUCCCAUAGCAGUCACCUUCAUGAUGAACUAUAGAAAGAGAAGCAACAGGCUGAGCGAGUGAACGGGUUUAGCAGGUUUUAUCCUUCUAUAUUAAACUUAUUUGUUAAAAUGGUUAGGAUUCAAAGAGCAGGGUGACUUGUUUCUCCAGAAAUAACUCUGGGGCCGAUGAAUAUUUUUGGCCAUUCAGAUAGAAUUAAUUCUAGAGUUCAAACUUUUAUUACAUAUUGCAAAAAAAGGACUAGCUUCCCAAUUAUGAAUUUUGUAUUUUAACCCUCUGGUCAUUGUUGUUUUGUGAAAUGUAGAGACACUUAACUGCAAAUGUCUAAUUCUAACAUGACUUGCUUGAAUGGACUGAGUACUAUAUAACGUGUAACAUAAUUUUGUCAGGGUAUAUGU